AUGAAGUUAAUGGUCCAAUUUGGAACAAAGAAGAUGAAGAUGGAUAUCGAGGAAGGGAUGACAUUGGGUAUAUUUAAGUAUCUGCUUUCAGAACAAUUUGGAAUUGAGCAAGACCUAAUCGUUUUGAGUGUUUUGAACAAACACAUCAACGCGUUUGAUGACGAAACUGUCGAGUCUGUUGGUAUCAAAAACAUGACAAUGGUGAGAGUGCUUUUGUUAAACGACUUGGAAAAGUCUGUGAAACAAGGGACUGGACACGACGGAUAUAUCCCUCUUAUCGACAAAACUAAAUUUGUGACUGUCCGCCGACCUAUGCCGGGUGACAACUCAUGUUUGUUCCACUGUUUGGAGUAUUUGUUCUACAAUAAAAGUACGCAAGACCCUUCUCACAUCAGAAAAGAAGUGGCCGAGAUCGUCAAGUUGUAUCCACAGAAAUUCACCACAGACUACUUGGGACAACCAAACAGUCUCUACUGCCUCAACAUCGUCGAGCCUAACACAUGGGGAAGCAAUGUGGAGAUUUCGAUUUAUUCGUUUUUGAAAGAGUGCCAAAUUAUUGUGUUUGAUUUGGAAAACAACUUGGAUGUAACGUAUGGAGAAAAGUCGCUAAAUAGGUGUGCAUUUAUCAUAUUCACUGGAAAUCACUUUGAUGUUCUUUGUUUGACACAAUCACUUACAUCGCCACCCUCAGAGGACAAAGUGCUUUUCAAUAACACAGACAAAAGCGUAAAGGACAAAAUGAAAUCUUACAUUCAGUCGGAACACCCCAACUUCAGAUUCACAUUCUAA